AUCGCACUGAUGUAGGGCUGGAAGUCAAACUAUGGCACAGUAGUGCAGUUGACUAGUUAUCAUGGUAUGGUAAAUUGUUUGGAGGAUGUCCUUGGAGACGAGGGGGCUGGGCAGGGUCAUUGACUUUGUGACUGGUGUAUAAAUGAAUCAGUCAGAUUUAGUUGUCUACAGAGCUUUUACCUACAUCAACAUCAACAUCAACAGUGACCUUAUUUUUGUUGAGUGUGAAGGAUGAUGAGAUCAACCAUGAUGUUCCUCUUGUUGACUCUCCUGGGACUGGCAUGCUCUAUUGGCCCGACCGUCCCAAGAAAUGUUGCCUUGCGUGGAAAAGCUACACAGUCAGACCUCAUCGAGAACACAUGGCACGGUUGGAGUCAUGCCUCCAAUGCCAUUGAUGGGAACCGCGAUUCACAUUUUCAUCAUGGGUCCUGCACUGCCACUGAUGAAUCCACUAGCCCCUGGUGGAGAGUGGACCUGCUUGAUACCUACAUAGUCACCUCCAUCACCGUCACCAACAGAGGGGAUGCUGUUCCUGAGAGGCUUAACGGGGCUGAGAUACGAAUAGGAAAUUCUUUAGUGGACAAUGGCAUUCAUAACCCUCUGGCUAAAACAAUUUCCUCCGUUCCAGCCGGCAGUUCUCUCACCCUGGCCUUUGACCCAGGCUUCAAAGGGCGUUAUGUGACUGUGGUUCUACCAGGAGAGAAAAGACUUCUGACACUCUGUGAAGUGGAGGUUUAUGGCUACCUUGCCCCAACCGGAGAUAAUGUGGCUCUAUAUGGAAAGGCCACCCAGUCGUCAUUGUAUGAGUUUGGCAUUCCAGGCAAUGCUAUAGAUGGGAAUCGCAACGCUAUUUGGAUAGGAGGGUCCUGCACCCACACUCUAGAGGACAUCAACGCCUGGUGGAGGGUGGACCUUCUGAAGACCUACAAAGUGUUCUCCAUCAUCAUCACCAACACAGUCGACAGUGUACCCAGCAGACUCAAUGGAGCUGAGAUUUGCAUUGGAGAUUCCCUGAAAGACAACGGCAUCAAUAAUCCUAGGUGUGCUGUGAUCUCCUCUAUCCCAGGUGGCAAUUCAAGCACUUUCCAGUGUAACGGCAUGGAGGGUCGAUAUGUCAUCGUGGUCAUUCCAGGGAAGAAGGAGUAUCUGACCUUGUGUGAGGUGGAGGUGUACGGGUCACCCCUGGAUGGGACCGGGCCUACAUGUAACUAAAUCAGAUCAUUAUCUCUUAACAGCACCCUGCAAUGUUUUGUGGGCUGUAUUACUAAAACAAUUCAACGUUUUAGUAUACUAUCACUGUUCUGGAAGUUCUUCUUGCACACUGUUUUUGGAUGUUUGGGUAUAAAUUGGCUAACAGUUUUUGUAACACUUUUUAAGAAUAACUUUCAUUAAUUAUUAUGUAGCCUAAUUAUUGGUUAGACAGUUAUCAUUCAUACCUUGAAAUGAAUGUAAUGCUGUAAUAAUAAUGCUAUUAUGUUUGAAUUAAUGGUCCCGCUUUAAAUUACGUUCAGAUUAUAAAGGCUUCAUAAAGCCUUAAUAAUGCCUUCAUAAGCAGUACAUACAUGUUUACAAAGCAUCUAUAACCAUAUGUCAUGCUUUAUAAAGGGUUCAUAAAUGUGGCAUAACUGUGUGACAUAAUCACCUAUAUCAAAUGUGAUAUAACCCACUAAGUCAAAUAUGAUAUAAACAUGUGCUUUAUAAAGGGUGCCGUGCUGAAGGAUGGCAAAAGCUCUAAAGUGUUGUCAUCUUAGUACACAUAAUACCUAAUCUCGUUCCCAGACACUUCCGCCCAAAUGCUCAGAAGGUCUGAUGGAGCAAUGCAUCAAACUUGGCCUUCAUUUGUCAGGGUUAGGUUUCAAAUCACAUUUUAACAAGAUAAAGUGUGGAAAUGGGCAGGGUUUAGCCAAAAUUAUUACUUUUUGACUCUGUUAAGUAGUGACGAUGACAAAUACUUUACUCAGUAAGGUCACUGCUCUAGAAUUCUAUGGCCACUCCCACUAAGGCCAAUUUUGAAUGGUUGAUAUCCGAGGCUUCAAUGUGAUGUGUGAGCAAUAGCCUGGGAACAACAUUACACCAAAAAACACUUACCUUGAUGAAAGUCCCCAACCUAAAGAAAUUGAAAGUGUCUUUCUUCUGGAACUAAGUUACAUGUUCCUCAGUACACAAACAUGCAAACAACAAUAACGAGCCAUACCGCACAGUGCUGGGCCCUGUCAAGUCUUUGACACAUUCACCCACUACCCUGCUGAAAGAUCAGCCACAAAAUAUCUGCACCAUUGUAACAUGUUGUAAUCGAGCCCUGGUCUCCAGCAUGGGAACAGAAGAGGAAUACCUGGUGCAGUAGUCUCAGGUUGGACUACUCCAAAUCAUCUUGGUUCUGACACAUAAACGCAAGCUUUGCAGGUCCAUCAACCCAUUUAAUACCUCUCACACCCUACAGUAACCUGUGGAUCAUGAGAGAACCUUCAUAAAUCAGCAGAACGUUAAUAACCUAUUUAUUAACACUUCAUGUAGUGUCCAGUAAUACUUAGUUUGAAAUGAGACACCUUCGCAUGACGCUGUACUUCAUUUAAAGUCAGUCUACUUUGGUCAUUUAUGACACAUACAUAAAUGCCUUAUAUCAUAUGACGCUGAACUUACUAUAAGGUCAGACGCCUUUGGUCAUUCAUAACACAUGCAUAAUGGCUUAAUGAUGUUAACACAACUGUAUUAACACUUAGGGAAUUGGCAUUAAAAGAUAAAACAAGUAAACAUUAAAGAAAUGUUUAAACCAUACAGUACAUUGAUUUUUAUUUGUACAUUUUUAAAACAAUACAAAUACAUGACAUUUCAAGAAGUCCAGCAAUGCCAUUACAUUGAACAUUACACAGGGAUGUGAAUAGUGUAGCUUGUCCCUGAGCUGGCAGAAGAAUGGUUCUUGCCUCCCUUCUUGCUGGAGGUACUGGGUGCUGGUUCCAACCUUAAAUGAACAACAAAGUUAGCAGGUCUGUUAGGAAAGGUCGUUUGUCACACCAUCUGGAUAAGGGCAUUUCUGUGCUGCACAAGAAACUCGAAACGGGAAUAUGGGAAACUCCAUUAAAUUCGUAUUAUUACAACAAAGCUAUGAGACAUGUCUGUAUCUAGGUGAUAUGUAUUUAGCUGAGCCUGUUAGCUAACAACAUUUUGUCUAGCUAGUAAUUGCUGUGAAGUCACCGACAUUAUUUGAAAUAAUGAUUGAGGCGGCUACAGUAUGUAAUCUAACUCAACACUUAACUACUACAAACACAUUUCAAUGACAGUAAAUAAAGGUUAACUUACUUGUUUUGGAUUUGGGAACUCAUCACAUCAUCAGCGUCUCAUCAGCAACACUAAAAAAGUACUUCUCUGUCACGGAAUUUUGGAAAUGUUCCAAAUAAAGUCCCCCACGUAAUAGUAGAAAAGUCUCAAAAACCAUUCAUGAUAUAUGAAAAAUAAUUGUCUAAACAUUAAACAUUGAUUUUUAAGUGACAUUUGCAUUACAUUUAGCUCAGUUGGUAGAGCAUGGUGUUAGCAACGCCAGGGUUGUGGGUUCGAUUCCCACGGGGGGCCAGCACAGGAAAAAAAAAAAAUGUAUGAAAUGUAUGCAUUCACUACUGUAAGUCGCUCUGGAUAAGAGCGUCUGCUAAAUGACUAAAAUGUAAAUGUAAAUGUGUUUAAAACAUGUUCCAAGGUCAAAUAAAUGCUCCCAAUGCAAAUCACUAUAUAUAGACUACAUAUUGGCUUAGAGCAGUAACUGUUCUGGGUGCAGCAGUACAAGUAUUGCAGGGAAUACUUAAUAGGGUCUGUAGAAUGUAUGUAUAUAUGGUGUCAUUUCAUGGGGCUCUAAAUAAUACGGAAUGUGGCCAGCCUUUUACUCCACCCAUUCCAUUGGCGGCCGGAUCACAUCACAUGUGUGCUUACUGCACUACAGAAAACCUGCUAACAAAACAACAGUGCAGAGCUUGCUCACUGAAUUAAAGGUCAACUACACUUAAAAAUAUACGUUUCUUAGAUUUUUCCCAGACCUCAAAAGUCAAACCCUGAUGUGGUCUAAGAAUUGUUGUGAACACAGAAAAAUAAACGUAGUUUUUCUAUUAAGAAAGUGUGAAAAAACUGGGGGAAACCAGAAAGAAUGGGGAAAAUCUGAAACCUGGAAAAACAAAACCAAGAAAAUGGAAUUUGUGGAAAAAAAAGAAGUAGGCAACAACAAGAAAAAAAAAAAUGAUUGUAAAAGGCCCUACCAACGUUUUUUGCUUUGCAUGACUCCACUUUAGAGCCUGUGUUCUCCUGCAGCAUAGCAUUUUGGUGGAAGUUGAAGUCAAGUCCAAUAUUGACUAUGCCCCUAAGAGGGAAAGAGGUUUGGGCCAUUCUAGAAAUGUUUUCGUGAAAUAUAAUAUAUAACAUUUUGCAGACACUUUUAGAGUGGUCCUGGGAAUCGAACCCAAUAUCCUGCCAUUGCAAUGCUCUACCAAGAUGUAUGACAGGGUUAUAAAUGCUUUGUGAAGCCACAAUUUAAUAUGAUUUAUAAGCUCUUUAUUAAGCGGUGCUCAUGCCACCCUUUAUAAAGCCCAGGUUUGUAUCAUAUUUGACAUAGUGGGUUUUGACCUUAGACAUUGGUGGUUAUGGCAAACAGUUAUGCUACAUUUAUGAACCCUUUAUUAAGCAUGGCAUACGGUUCUAGAUGAUGUGUAACACAUUUAUGUAGUGUUUAUGAAGGCUUUAUGAAGGUUUUAGAAAGCCUUUAUAAACUGCACGUCAUUUAAAGCGGGACCAAAUUAAUUAAUAAACUGAAAUCUGGAAUGUU